AUGUCCAAAGCCCACUGUGAAAGAUAUGCUUUCAUUGCAGAGUGGUAUGAUCCAAAUGCUGCACUUUUUCGGCGUUAUGAGCUUUUAUAUUACCCAGUGGAUGGAUCCGUUGAAAUGCAUGAUGUAAAGAAUCGUCGUACAUUUUUAAAGCGGACCAAGUAUGAAAGCCUGCGCUUGGAAGAUUUAUUUAUAGGCAACAAAGUGAAUAUCUUUUCUCGACAACUGGUGCUAAUUGACUAUGCAGAUCAAUAUACUGUUCGCCAGCUGGGCAGUAGGAAAGAAAAAACGUUAGCCCUGAUUAAACCAGAUGCAGUAUCAAAAGCUGGAGAAAUAAUUGAAACAAUAAUUAAGAAUGGAUUUACGAUAACAAAACUCAAAAUGAUGAUGCUUUCAAGGAAAGAAGCAGUGGAUUUCCAUGUAGACCAUCAGUCAAAACCUUUUUUUAAUGAGCUGAUCCAAUUUAUUACAAGUGGUCCUGUUAUUGCCAUGGAGAUUUUGAGAGAUGAUGCUAUCUGUGAAUGGAAACGACUCCUUGGACCUGCGAACUCUGGAGUGGCAUGUACUGAAGCCCCCGGAAGCAUUAGAGCCCUGUUUGGAACUGAUGGCAUCAGAAAUGCAGCUCAUGGGCCUGAUUCUUUUGCUUCUGCUGCCAGAGAAAUGGAGUUGUUCUUUCCUUCAAGUGGAGGUUGUGGGCCGGCAAACACUGCUAAAUUUACUAAUUGCACCUGUUGCAUUAUUAAGCCCCAUGCUAUCAGUGAAGGACUGCUGGGAAAACUCCUGAUGGCUAUCCGAGAUGCAGGUUUUGAUAUCUCUGCUAUGCAGAUGUUCAACAUGGACCGGGUUAAUGUUGAAGAAUUUUAUGAAGUUUAUAAAGGAGUAGUGACUGAGUAUAAUGAGAUGGUGACAGAAAUGUAUUCUGGCACUUGUGUAGCAAUGGAGAUUCAACAAAAUAAUUGUACAAAGACAUUUCGUGAAUUCUGUGGACCUGCUGAUCCUGAAAUUGCCCGACAUUUACGCCCCGAAACCCUGAGAGCAAUCUUUGGUAAAACUAAGAUCCAGAAUGCCGUUCACUGUACUGAUCUACCGGAGGAUGGCCUGUUAGAGCAUAUUUUGCCUACAGUGAAAAGGUUCAUACAGUUGGGAACAGAUGUGAAAGAUCGUUUAAACAAGAAAUUUUGUGCUAGAAGUUUAAUGGGCAGGAGUGAUAUUCCCAGAUGUAGACAAAGUCCCAGGAAUUCUGCCUGGGAUAUUUUGCUCAGUGAAAAGGCCCAGGGAAGUGGCAAGGUCCCAGCAGUACAGCUCGCAAGUGUGGAUGCCAGCAGCCAACCCAUGUACCUGUCUCCCGUGACUGGCUGUCGUUGGUGCGGUCAAGUUCAGUAUUUCUUCAAGAUCUUGGAUAAUUAG